GGAGGAGUUGUUGAAUUCCAUGUAGGCAGCAUGCAAAGGCAGCUGGAAGGUAUACUCUAAGUUCAAUUCAACUUGUAGGAUCUGGCUGAGAGUCCUAAAUCUCAGUACUUCAGAAAGCCUGAAAACAGGGCUAAUGCCCCUCCCUUCACACCCAGUUUUGUUGGCAGCAGAACUUCCACUUAGUGCAUUGUCAUGUUUAGGGUGUGGGUCUGUCUCUCCAUUGGACGACUUAGGAGAGGAUGGAGAUUAUGUUCAUCCAUUCUGUUCUUCUUAGAGUGUAGCGUAUUGUCUAUCUUCUAGUAGAGGUUUUAGAAAUAAUGUUUCACUACACUGAAUGAAAUAGUCCUCCUUCCAUACCUUGGGAGAUCAAUGAGCACACAACUAGCUCUGAAAAAUAUUUAUAGACUGAAGGAUGAACACAUUGGGGCACAAGGAACUCAGGACCAGCUGGGCAGGCAGGGAAGGAGGGAAGGCUGCUAUGUCCCUUCCAUUCCCACUACAGGGUACACUGCUGCCUUUGGUCCACGGUGCGAAGAAGGUUGGCAAGGUGAAGGAGUCUCUGCAAAUUUGAGAGGGCUUUAUGGAACAGUGAAUUUCUAGGUGGAAAGGAAUCGAGGGACAGGAACCAGUACGAGGAAAAGGUAGAAGGAGGGAAAUGCAGAAAACUGAGCCUGGGAACCAGUGGUCAGCCCUCAGCUGCAGCACAAAGCAGGAUGUGAGUGGGGACCUGACCCCAGCACUGUCUCCUGAAGGCCCCUGACCCUCCGGUGGAGGGUGGAGAGUGCUGCCCACCCUGCGGCCCACCACAGGCCAGGCCUGGGCCGCGGGGAACGCUCUCCCACCAUCAGGCCCCAGCAGUGAUCUGGAGCAAGCCCAGCCCUGGAGUUGAGCAGCGGACCCGAGGGGGAUGACUAAGCUUUGGCUGUGAGCUGGCGCGGCCAAACCAGAGCGUGCCAAGUUAUGAGCUGACGAUAACUCGGCCCGCAGCGUCUGGGGUCGUGUCCACGGGCCGGGAGGGGCGCGACGAAUGUUUCCAGGGCAGAUAAAAAGGACCGCGUUGCUCCAGGGCACUUUCUUCCCGCAGUGCCUGAAACGCAGCAGGCUGCAGCUGGGGAAGGUGACCAUCUGGACGGGCAGGGGGACACCUGAGCGGUGCCUGCGCCCCGACUUGGAGAAGGAGGACAGAAGGAACUCCCCUGCAGGCAGACGCAGGCAGAGUGGACAGCCUCUCUCGGGAACUGUCAGGUAUGUGGAGCUGACCAACUACUGUGAUUAUAAAGACUACAGGGAAACUAUAUUGAGCAAACCAAUGCUGUUCUUUAUUAAUGUGCAGACGAAAAAAGACACCUCAAGAGAAAGGACAUAUGCAUUUCUCGUGAACACAAGGCACCCCAAGAUCAGAAGACAGAUAGAACAAGGCAUGGACAUGGUCAUCUCCUCAGUGAUUGGAGAAAGUUACCGGCUUCAGUUUGAUUUUCAAGAGGUAGUGAAGAAUUUUUUCCCUCCAGGAAAUGAGGUGGUUAAUGGAGAGAAUUUGAGCUUUGCUUACGAAUUCAAAGCGGAUGCACUAUUUGAUUUCUUCUAUUGGUUUGGGCUCAGCAAUUCCACUGUAAAAGUGGAUGGAAAAGUUCUAAAUUUGUCAAGUACAAGUCCAGAAAAGAAGGAGACAAUUAAGUUAUUUCUGGAAAAAAUGAGCGAACCUUUAAUCCGAAGAAGCAGUUUCUCUGAUCGAAAGUUCAGUGUGACUUCCAGAGGUUCAAUAGACGAUGUUUUUAACUGCAAUCUGUCACCCAGAUCAUCUCUGACGGAGCCUCUUUUGACAGUAUUACCAUUUCCAAGUGUUUUGGAAUCUGAAGAGACACCCAACCAAUUUAUCUGAUUGAUCCAAACAUUCCAACAGAUACUCCUACACUCAGGCUUGCACCAGGCUGAGGCUGAGGGGACCAGAGGUGGGAGGCAGGUACUUCCACCACUGGUCAAUCCCAACUCUACCAUGGCUUCUACGGAGGGCUCCUUUCUCCCAUUUCCACAGGCAUGAUGCCCCGGCAGGUCCAGUGGAACAGACUUCCCUAAAGGUUAUGGUUCCCAAAAUGGAAGGACUUUGGCCCCAUGGCAAGGGGUGUGGGAUCCUCUACUUUGAACACUUCUCCAAAGGGUCAGAAGGAAUGUGGAAUCCUGCCUCCCUGGACAUUUUGCUUAGUAUAUCAGCACACUGGGGGUUUUCCUGGCAGCCUUUAAGGAAUCAUCUGACGAGUACUACCCUGCAAUGCUUCAUAAGUCAGUGUUUGAACUCUUGCUUGGGAUAUCCUUGUUUAAACCCAAACCCAGUAAGCAGGGGGGCGGGGGCGCUAACAGCCCUGUGUUUUGCAAACCUGGCUGAGCAAAAAGCCUCCGCAGUCUUUCAUUGGGAGGCAGGUCUGUUUUCCAUCCUGCUGAUAUGAAACAUUAUGAGGAACAUUCAAAUGAGGCUCACUAGAGGAUUGGCCAGGCUGUUAGGACAGUGCCACCCACUGCCUGAAAUCUGAACUCCCUUGGCCUCCCUCUUAAAGCAGCGCCUGUAGAAUGAGGCCAGGUGAUGUAGGACCAAACAAUGACAGGAGAAGGAUAAUGUACACGGCAAUGUCCUCCUUUCUGAGAGCACAUUAUGUCAGCUAGCUAUUUUAAAUAAGCUUUUAGCAAUCCUAACACUAAAAGCAAAAUAGAAGAAAGUAAUGCCAUUACCAUAAUACAUUGUCACAUCAAUACAUUUUCCAUCUCAUAGCUACAAUGAAAUUCUUCAAAAGGAAAAAAAAUGAUCUGAUCUACAUAUAAAAAACUGCAGGAAUGAAUUGCUAGAUAGGCUUAUAAUGAGGAAGGUUUAUGGGUCCUGAGUCUAAUUUUUCUAUCCUUUUUUAAAAAAUGUUUCUGUAUUAUACAUUUUGAUAACAGUGCUGAUGGUCCUUAUAUUUGAAGUGUUCUCUACUACAUUUGCACAAUUAAAACUUUUCUUAGUAUUCAA